AUGAGCGCCGCGGCAGGGGUGCGCGUACUAGGGGUGGGGGCGGUAGGGGUGGUGGGGGUGGUAGUAGCGGUGGUGGUGGCGGGGGUGGUGGAGGUGGCGGUGGCGGGGGUGGCAGAGGUGGCGGCGGAGGUGCCGGGGGUGGUGGAGGCAGUGGGGUUGGCGGGGCUGGUGGAGGGAGCUCGGGUGGCAGUCAAGGUGGAGCUGGCGGGGGUGGAGUUCAAGGAUCUGUGUCUAGUUCUGCACCUAGUGGAGGUUAUGAGGGUGGACAGUAGCACCAGCCACGUCCGUAGGAGACUCUCUCGCCGCAGCAGCUUUGUGAGUGGGUUGCCGGGCGCAACGGCCUCGGAGGAGGAGGUCGCUGCCAGUACAUCCGGCGCACGGGUUUGGCACCACCGUUCCCCCCUGUUUGGCAGCCCCCUCUAG